AAGUCAGUCGAUCAAUAGUGCCGACGAUGUUUCUGCACCUGCAAGGAAUAAAAAUAACAUAAUAUUUGGUCUACUAAAAAAAUAAUUAAUAAUUACUGACUGGCACAAAAAUAUAUAUAUAUAUUUACAUAAUUGCUCAACCAGCAGUUAUGAGAGUAUGUCGGCGAUAGAGCGUGAAUUGCUUAGAAACGUAAAUGAGAAAAUUGAAUUGAUUGAGCCUAGUACAGGAAAAUUGUUUUUCGAGCAUAAAACUGACUUAUUGCUUGCUAAACCGCGUUUGAUACCUCUCAAAUCGCAGGGUUUGCAGAGUCUGGAGGAAAUGCAUCGCGAAACUGCUCGACAGUUGCAGCAGAAACGCACUAAUAACAAGAACAACAACAAUCACCAAGGAGAGGCAAAACAGCUCGACGCCGCUUAA